AGCAAAGUCUAGGUUGCACAAGGAAGGGGAGGGCUUCUGGACGCUCCUUAAGAGAUAAAACAGCCCAAGAUUUACCUCUAUUUAGGCCGGGAAGAGACUGACGAGUCUUCGAGGAAAGAUUGACUAUCCGUUUACAGCAAUGGCUGAGGUGAAUCUCUCACUGGAAAAAGAACCCACUGAGCCUCUUUCUGAUAACACUGUGGAAUCACUUGAAGAUCCAGGUUCAGUUCCAACCACACAUUCAUCUCCUGAAAUCAACCCUGCAUGCCCAUUUUUCCUGGAAGGACGUUGCCGCUUUGGUGCCCGCUGCCGAAACCAUCAUCCUGGUGAUACCACUGAUGCUGAUCAUGUAGAAGAGCACAGACCCAACUGCAAAACUGUCGAACAGCUACCAGUUAGUAAAAAGCCUCCCAUGAAAACAGCCGAGGAUGUUAUCUCACGCCUCCUCUGGGACCCCCAGGUGCCAGCUGAAUGCUUCUCUAUUGGUUACCUUGACCGGUUUUUGGGGGUAGUGGAGCAACCUUUCACUGCUUUCUCAUGGGAAAAUCUGGCUUCAGUUGGGCCUGGUGUACUUGCUAUCCCCAAACACAGGAUCCAGUACUUCAAAUAUGGCACUCGUGUGGUGUGGGACAAAGUCAGUCGCACCGAUGAUGUCUUUGGGUCCACAGGAAGUGGAAGAACCAUCUUGGAAGUGAUCAAGGAAGAAGAUCAGGCCAUCAAAGAGAAGAGCAACAGCCAUCCUUCAAAUGAAGAUGGAAGGAAAGAAACAGGAGCGCUAGAAGGAGCAGCCAAGCACAGUGGCGAAGAGGGGGAUGUCUGUGUUUCAGAUGGAGAAAAGCAGCUGAACAGGACAGCUACUGGAACUGAUGAAGUCAAGGAGAAUGAGGAAGCCAUGGGUUGUUUGAAAUUGAUUGGAGAUAAAUAUGUCACCUUGGAUGAAAACAUUGUGACUGAAGAGAAGGAAACAGAUGCAGUCAGCUCAGUUAUAGAUGGAUAUUCCAUCAAGGAAGGAAAAGUGGACAAGCAUAUCUUCAGCAUUGAACCAGAAGAUGAACCACUGAUGGAAGAAAGCAUCACUUUGGAAAAUGAGGCAAGAGUAUACUUUCCUUGCCCUAAACGGCGUACAACCCAUUUCAUAGCAAUCCCAGUCACCAGCCCAGAGGUCCGGGAAGCUGUGAAACUUUUCCAAGAGGCCCUUUGUAAAGUUCACCCAGACUUAGCUGAGUUCUGUGUGCCCUUGGCUACUUUACACCUCACAGUUGGCCUACUGCGCUUGAACACCCCUGAAGAUAUUUCCAAGGCAGUUCUGGCUCUCCAAGAGCUCCAAGCCAACAGCCAGCGCCUGCUGCCUCCAGCCUUGCUGCUAUCCUUCCAUGGGGUUGAGAAUUUCUAUUCACGUGUGCUCUACAUGGCUCCAAGAUCUGUACCCGAGCUGGGUUUAUUGGCCCAAACUUUGGAGGAUGCCUUUAGCAAGAAGGACCUGACAGUGAUUCAUCUUCCAAGCAAAGAGAAGUUUCACUUGACCAUGGUAAAGAUCCCACGACGGAAGGCAAGACCACGAUUGCCAGAAAAUCCCUCAUGGCUUCCCACUAUUGAACAUUUAGGAACACAGGCAGUAGAGACAUUAUGCUUAUGUGAGGUAGGAACAGGUAAGACUGAUAGGUUUUACAGCACUGUACUUAAAAUAGAUUUAUAUUGAAGGUAUCAUCCCACAGGUAGGCAGCUUUAGAGCCCAGAUCUACUCCAUUUCGGAAGAAGAGUCAGAUCAGGAACCUAUGAGAAUGCUGAUAAGAGUGGAAAGCCGGAGGAUGCUUUUCUUGGCUGUGCAACACAAACCAAAUUAUCUUUAGGAAUCAGCCUUCUGCAAUCAGAGAGUGGAGCUACAUGCAAGGACAUUUUUGUGAACAGCAGCUAGUGUUGUGCCUGGAUAGCUCCUGGCUGCCAUUUUGCUGCAGGGGGUGUUUGCAAGGAGGAAAUGGAUACCUCCUUACUCAAUGCCUGUGUAAAUGCGUAACAGUGGUGUAACCUAGUGUAAAUAACAAAGAAAAUUCCAGCUCAAGAAUGGCAUAAUUGUGACCAGUAGAAGCGGUUUAAUCCCACUCCAAAUGAAUUUGCAGCAGUGGAAUCCAGAAACCAGAAACUUAUACUAAUUUCUGCAAGUGGCUUCAGUGGAGAGGACAGAUGAAACUCACCAAAUAUAAAAAUCACUAUCUAUCCAGAGGCACAGAAUAGCAGUGUCCAGCUGUAAGGAGUAUGAACUAUGCCUAUUUAACCUCUCCAGCUUCUCCUGACAGAGAGAUAGACUUAUUCAAUUAAAAUAAACUGCAGGGUUUAAAUUGAGAGAAAC